GGAUCCACCGUGUAGUCAUGUUCUGGAAACAAGACUGUCCCAUCUCGAUAGAAUUGUCCCGCAGACGACCAACGAGACCGAAAUGGCUCCGGAAUCAUGCACGAGCGAGCCGAAGAUCGACGAUACCGAUGAAAAAAGGAUAUCGUUCGCGAACACCGGGGUUUCCUGCGACAUUUCCAAUCGCGAGGACAAUAAAACGACGAACACCAAAGUCACGGAUAUGGCGGAGGAAGAAAGCCCCUACAAAGACGUUUCGUACGAUUACCGAAGAAAGGACGACCGACACCAUUUGAGCACGCAGUUGAGCAGCAUACGGGAGGGCAUGAAAGAGUUCUGCGCCGACAUGGACAAGUUCGUCGAGGACAAUAAAAUCGUGUACGAGAACGGCGAUGUCAAACGAUUCUGGGGUGUGGGAAACGUGAAUUCGCCGUUGGUACACGAGGGCAAACCGGACGGAAAGCAAUCGUCCGCGCCGAACGAAGGAAACGGUGACUUCAAGUGGUGGAGCACGACGGAAAGAAAGCUGAAAGUUACGGAGUGCAUGAGAAAAAGAGAAGAGGAAGCGGGUCGGCAGGCGGGGAAGAAAAUAGAGGUACAAGGAGUCGAAAUCAUCGAGGAUGCUCCAGAAAGAAAUCCAAACGAUGACUGUACAGGAGAAACUAGAGAAAAGAAGGAAGGUGUCUACGAUCUGUUGAAUCUGAAGACCUGUUCCGAAAUUCUUCUAGAAGAUGUAAAGACAUACCCUGAACAUACAGACGACCACACGUUUUCUAAAUCGAGCAUGACCGAAAACAAAGGAGACACUUCCUCGGGGGUGUUUCAUUCUCUGCUUAACGAAUUGGAUCAUAGAAAUCGGCGGAACUCUAAACAAAGCUUGAAAUCACACAGUUCUCAUAAACUGUUAGCGAUAGAGGAGACGGAGGAAACUGUCGAGGAGACAGUGCGAGAACCUAAUCAGUUGAACAAGUGCGGUUCCACGUUAUCGAACACCUCGAAAUCGGGAACCAAUCAAGGGAUACUUAAAAUGGAACCGGUUCGAGUCGAAAUUGCAGAAGCUGGUCCCAAUGACGUCGGAUCUUCCAAUUCAUCUGAAGACGAUGAAUCGGACAAGGAAUCGGUGAUAACUGUGAUCGAUCUCUACGACAGGCACCGUCUUAAAUCGAGAAGUGCGAAUACAUCGGCGACCUUUUCACUGGAAAGUAAACCCCAAGGUUCUUCCGAGCUGUCCGAAAGUGUCGCAGUCCAGAAUCACGACAACGAGAACUCAGGUUCUGAUACGCAAGCUUUGGUCGCACCUUUAACUUCGUUGCACGACGAAAAGUCGAGUCAAACCGCGAAAACACGUAAAAGAAUGCACGACUCCGAGAAUCUGGAAAUGGCCAGCAAGAAAUCGCAUUUGAUCGAGGAAGUAGAUGUAGAGUCUGAGAGAGUCUCGGUGAAUCGAAGGAGUGGCAGCGAAGUGUCUGAACGGUGCAGAGAUCAUGUAACGAAAGAAGCAAAGAAAUUCAUGCAGAAAGAAUCGCCUUUAAUCGAGAGAUGCAUAGAGAGUUUGAUAACGAACAGACUGGAAGGAAGUUGGAAAUUCGGGGACCAAGAUCGCCAAGACUUUUUCGGCUGUACGGCUAUGAGUUUCACGUCAUCUUCUGUCCUUAACACUUCCGAACGGUUCCCUAAAAUCGAGUCUACAGAAACGCAAUCUCGUGAGACAGCAUCCGUUUCCAAUGACGCUGAUAUUCUGCGUGACCUAAUAGAGGAAACCGAAGCCAUUGGAAUGAGCGACAAGUUGCAGGGGAAACACAACCUGGAUCUCUAUAAGGAUUUCUACAAGCACUGUGAGCGACUGACUAGAAAAAGCAAGGUGCCGAUCAAGCCCGAUUUUAUGAAGAACAACCGAAUAGAUCCUACGGAAAAGAAACGCGACGGUCUAUCGUCAAGGGAGACCAAACAGUCGAAGAAGAAACAAACAAGCAAACUGAUCGAGGUAAUCUCGGAGAAUCUGGACGCGAUCCCAGAACCUGAAGAACCACCUGCCGACCCUGACGAACCAGCAAUGGAUCCAGCGUUAAGAGACCGAAUAUUGAGGAGCAUAAACGCGCCGAAAAGCGAGGAGCAGAAAGAAAGGGGGAAAAGAUCGGCGGAGAAAUUGAUGAGAACAUCCAGAGAAGCAAUGGCGAUGGGAAAAUCGCUUUUACAGGAACCCUCGAUUAUGUGCAAUCAGCAACGACAACCGGACGACAGCAGGAAAUUCUUCAUGAAUCUGCUGAAGGAGGACGUUGAGCAGGAAGCGAGGGGCGUCGAUUCUGUCGAUGAGAGGAACAACGGGUUGGACGUAAAAACUGAAAAAGUACAGAUAGAAACAUCGCAGGAUGAGAUUGCAAAGUUAGAAAAAACAACGGAGGUACCAUAUUCCCCUGCUGAUGGGAUGGGUAAACGGGAAAACGGUGUUUCGGACGCGAAGGAAGAGCACAGAGGGAGAAUAAAAAAAAGUUUAGAGAUGCAGGUCAUUCAAGAGAACUGA